AUGCAGCCUACUACAAAAAGUUUCAGUCAAGCACGUCAUCCAACCGAACUUAUAGUUAAUUCUCUACCGGCAUAUAAAUGCGGUUGGCUUUAUAAACGAGGUGAACAUAUAAAAACUUGGCGUCCACGAUAUUUUGUUCUAUUUCAUGAUGGUCUUUUGUAUGGUUAUCGUAAAUCACCAUCUGUUAAUGACAAUCAACAAGAAGAACCACUUAACAAGUUUCAAGUUAUUGAUUGUAGUGUUGUUCGACAAGAUAAAAUAAAACAAAAUUCUUUUAUUAUACAUUUCAAUCAAGUGAAAAUUGAAAGAUUAUUUGCUGCUGGUAGUCAACAAGAUCGUGAAGAAUGGAUAGCAGCAAUUGAAAUCAUUAAUCGACAAACAACACCUCAUUUACAACGACAACUACCCACUGUAAAAAUGGUUACAAAUGAUGAUGUUGAUAAUACAGAAAAUGAGUAUCCAACAAUGAAUGAAGUAUUUACACGAAGGCCCCAAAUAAAUGAUUUCGAAUAUUUAAAAAUACUUGGCCGUGGUACAUUCGGCAAAGUUGUUUUAUGUCGUGAACGAACAACACAACGUAUAUUCGCAAUGAAAAUGUUACGAAAAAGUCUCGUAAUCACAAAUAAUGAAGUUGUACAUACGAUGGGUGAAAAUAAAAUUCUUCGUCGUAUCCGUCAUCCUUUUAUAACGAAUUUAAUUUGCGCAUUCACAACAAACGAUCGUCUUUGUCUUGUUAUGGAAUGUGUGAAUGGCGGUGAAUUGUUUUUUCAUUUAAAUCGUGAAAAACAAUUUUCAGAAGAACGUACCAGAUUUUACAUAGCAGAAAUUGCUUGUGUUAUCGGUUAUCUUCAUUCUAAAAAAGUCAUUUAUCGUGAUAUUAAACUGGAAAAUAUCUUACUCGAUCGUUCUGGUCAUAUUAAAUUAGUUGAUUUUGGUUUAUGCAAAAUAAAUGUACCAUGUGGACAAACGACGGCAACAUUUUGUGGUACACCACAGUACAUAGCACCCGAGAUUCUUCGAAUGACAUCCUACACAAAUGCUAUCGAUUGGUGGGGAACUGGUGUUAUCAUGUAUGAAUGUCUUCUGGGUCGAUUACCAUUCGCAGAUAGUAAAAGUCAAGAUGGUCUAUUCCAAAAGAUUCUUCAUCAUGAACCAACAUAUCCAUCUAGUUUAUCACCAGUGGCACUUGAUUUAAUACAAAGAUUUCUUAGGAAAGAACCAACUGAACGUAUUGGCUCUAGUGUAGAAGAUGUUCACGAAGUUGAACGUCAUUCAUUCUUUUGUAAUAUACCGUUUCGUUUGUAUGAAGAGAAAAAGAUUCAACCAUUGUUUAGGCCUCAACUAGAUUCAGAUAUAGAUACACGUUACUUUGAUGCAGAAUUCACCAAUGAACCAGUUUGCGUAACACCACCUGGUAGUACUGAUUCUAUAAAUGCUCUUGGCAUGUCUGACGAUGCAUUCGAACGGUUUACAUACGUUGGUAAUGAUGGAUUAAGUCAUAUUACUUCUCGAUCCGUUUUAUCGAUGGCAUCAUCGAAUGCUGCUCUCUCACAGUCAAAUAUGUAUCUUGUCGAUCCUGAUUAUUAUCAUAAACAUCAAAAUGUUCAUAAUUUACCUGCUCAAUAUUCUGUAUCAACAAUGAAUAUGCCAUCGAUGGGCGCCGAUGGAUCAUCGUCACCAUCAAUAAUUAAAAGUGCAACAAGUAUGCAACAAUUGAAAGGUUCAACAGUCAAUAUAAAUAAUGGAUCCGAUGUUUUAAAUGAUCAACAAAAGAUGAAUAUGGAACAUGAUCAACCACAAACACAAUCAGUCUCAUCCAUACCAGAAAUAUAUGAACAACAUUUAAUGCAUGAACGUCUCAUGUGUAUACAACAAAUGAUGGCCAGUGGACAAAACUUUGCUUCAAUGUUUAAUGAUGAUCCACAUUUUGCUCAACAAAUAAUGUCUUACAUAGCUGCUGCUCAACAACAACGUGAACCAGAAGUUAUUGAAACAAUGGACGAAUGA